AUGCCGCGGCCGGGGAAAAGCUCGUACAGCGACCAAAAGCCGCCCUACUCGUACAUCUCGCUGACUGCCAUGGCAAUCCAGCACUCGGCUGAGAAGAUGCUGCCGCUGAGCGACAUCUACAAGUUCAUCAUGGAGCGCUUCCCCUACUACCGCGAGCACACGCAACGCUGGCAGAACAGCCUACGCCACAACCUCUCCUUCAACGACUGCUUCAUCAAGAUUCCGCGGCGGCCCGACCAGCCUGGCAAGGGUAGCUUCUGGGCGCUGCACCCUGACUGCGGCGACAUGUUCGAGAACGGCAGCUUCCUGCGGCGCCGCAAGCGCUUCAAGGUGCUGCGCGCGGACCACGCUCACCUGCAUGGGGGAAGCACCAAGGGCGCGCCCGGCGCUGGUCCCGGAGGGCACCUUCAUCCUCACCAUCCCCACCACCCUCACCACCACCACCACCACCAUCAUCACGCGGCCGCUCACCACCACCAUCACCACCACCCACCCCAGCCGCCGCCACCCCCUCCACCACCGCACAUGGUGCCCUAUUUCCAUCAACAGCCUCCUCCUGCUCCGCAGCCGCCCCCGCACCUCCCGACGCAGCCUCCGCAGCAACCGCCCCAGCAAUCGCAGCCUCAGCAGACGUCCCACCCUGGCAAGAUGCAGGAGGCAGCGGCCGUGGCUGCGGCGGCGGCGGCGGCGGCAGCGGCAGCGGUGGGCAGCGUGGGGCGCCUGUCGCAGUUCCCACCCUACGGGCUGGGAUCUGCUGCCGCUGCUGCCGCGGCGGCCGCCGCGUCCACGUCAGGCUUCAAACACCCGUUCGCCAUCGAGAACAUCAUCGGCCGGGACUACAAGGGCGUGCUGCAGGCUGGCGGGCUGCCCUUGGCGUCGGUCAUGCACCACCUGGGCUACCCGGUGCCCGGCCAGCUCGGCAACGUCGUCAGCUCCGUGUGGCCGCACGUUGGUGUUAUGGAUUCAGUGGCCGCGGCCGCUGCUGCUGCAGCCGCAGCCGGAGUCCCUGUAGGCCCAGAGUACGGAGCCUUCGGUGUCCCAGUCAAGGCCCUUUGCCACUCGGCAAGCCAGAGCCUGCCUGCUGUGCCGGUGCCGAUCAAGCCUACGCCUGCACUGCCGCCCGUGACCGCGCUGCCGCCAGCUCUCCCCGUCCCCGCGGCCUCGCAGCAGCCGCCAGCGCCAUCCUCUGUGUGCUCCGCGGCUGCGGCCUCUCCGGUCGCUUCUCUACUUGAGCCCAACGCCCAGAGCACCUCCGAGAACAAGGGUGGCUCCUUACAUUCGGUGCUGGUGCACUCCUAG